UUCUAAUUGUGGUAGAUUCCAUUGAAAUUAUCAUUUGAUAUCUAGUUUAUCAUUAAGAUUAUCUACUACAAACUAUAAACAUCAAGUUGGAAUCAAUUAAAAAGAUCAAAAUGUAUUACUUCAAGGUAUGAUGUCAGGAAGUAACUACCUAUAACAGGAAAUGCAAAAAAUCGAUAACACUAACAAUGAAAAAAUAUUUCAACAUUCAUAACAUAAGACAAACUGUUUUCUGUAAUACAAAAAAAAGGAUUGAAUGUCAAAAUGAAACAUUUGUCUGAUUGGUUACUUUCCGUUCAUUUAUCACAUAAAUUUGAUUGGUUGAUAAUUUAGCAUGGAUUUCUCCUUUAAAUACGUAAUUACUUCAAAAAUACAUUCUUUAUAAAUGUAAUAUUUAAAAUGAUGUACAAUAUAUAUAACACAAUGAAGUUAUCUUGUCACAUUCUUAUUGGAAAUGUCUAUUUAGAGGCCCUAAUGAACCGUUGAUCAAGUUUACGUUUUUAUAAAAAAAAAACGAUACAAUCUCUAAAUUAGUAAUUAACUAAUUUAUAUUUAUAGUGAUCACAUAACAUUUAGCAUAAUUUCAAAUUAAUAAUUUGAUUAAUUAUUAAAUAGUAUUAGUUUAAUUUUGACAAAUGAAUGCAGAUUACGUUUGGAAAUUAUCCAAAUUUGGUCGUCUUACAUCAACUCGUUUAAGAUCUGAUGAUGAUUUUGCCGAUCGAUUAAAUUAUCAAUUUACUGGACUAUUAUUAUUUGUAUUCAUUGGAAUUAUAGGUAUACGACAGUAUGUUGGUAAACCGAUACAAUGCUGGACACCACAAGAGUUUACUAGAGCAUGGGAGGAGUAUGCAGAAAAUUAUUGUUGGGUAGCCAGUACAUAUUUUAUACAUUUAACCAGAUAUCCAACAUCAAAUAUAUUGAUGUCACAGUCUAAUUUUAUGCCAAACGGUUAUAUAGAUACAAAUGGACAACGUGUAUUACAGCCUUAUUCAAUAUUUCCAAAAUUUUCAAAACCAAAAGCUGGCGAAUUACCAAGUGAUGGUCGAUUAAUUAGUUAUUAUCAAUGGGCUCCUAUUCUAUUAGCUGUUCAGUCAUUUUUAUUUUAUUUACCAUGCCUUAUUUGGAGACUUUUUGCUGGUCAAUCUGGAUUUCAAGUAAAGAGGAUAAUGCAGUUUGCUUCAGAGGCAGCCCAGGCAGCUCCAACUGAAGGUGAUACUUCAUGUCAGCCACAAACUCAGUCAAGCCAAGUUGAUCAAGUCAACCUAAGCAAAAAACGAACUUCUGUCAUUGCUUUAAACGCUAUGGGUUUUUCAAAUUCUGCUCCAAAUUCUAACUUUUCUGCAACUAAAUCAGUUAAAACCUUGGCUCGUUAUUUAGAUAUGUGUUUCAUGAGACAACGGGAACUACGUCGAGCUGUUACCCUUGGUUCAGAUCAUAAGCUCAAGAGAAAUAGCUAUAGCUUUCAAACACGGUCUUCUAAACAUCAGAGUGGAUUUUACCUUUCAGAAACAGAAAGUGAUGUAUUUAGACAUGGUCAAAGAAGCGCGAAUCGCAUUCACAGCAGUGCUUCAAGUAGAACUAGAUCGGGGUUAGCUUCAGAACGAACGGAAUAUGAACAAAAUUUAAAACUUCAGAGACUGGCAAUGCACCAAAGGGAAAGUUGCUUUUCAUUUUCUCCUUGUUUUCGCAAACCCUGCAGAAAGCGUAAGUCAACAUCCAGUUAUCAGCAGUACAGUAACAAAUCGUCUAAGUUAACGCCUCAAACGGGUUUACCAGAUAAUUUGGAAACAGUUGCGAUGCCAAACAGUUACUAUUCUGGUCAUAAAACUUAUGGUGAUUGUCCACAGACUAUUAAUGAGUUGUCAAUCGAAGAACCUUCACAAAAUUCAAGUACUUGCUGUCCAUGUUGGGAAACACGUACACCGAAACAUCCACAAAGAACUCGUACAACUCACAUACCACCGUGUAGAUAUCAAGGGAAUUUUCUUGUUCGCUUGUAUAUGCUAGUGAAGCUAAUUUAUUUAUCCAAUGUAAUUGGACAAAUUUUUCUGCUUGAGUAUUAUACUGGUGUGGAAUAUAAUUUUUAUGGAAUUAGAGUAUUGUACGAUCUUGCCAGAGGAAGACAAUGGGAAGAAUCUGGUCAUUUUCCUAGAGUAACGUUCUGUGAUUUUGAAGCAAAGAAGCUUGCACAAAGCCAUUACUACACUUUGCAAUGUGUACUCCCAAUCAAUAUGUUCUUGGAGAAGAUAUACAUAUUUUUAUGGCUGUGGUUUUUCUUAGUCGGCAUUGUCACAUUCAGUAGUAUUAUUAUAUGGAUUAGAAGAAUAGGUACAAGAACUGUGAGACUUACUUGGAUUCAACAGCAGUUAAUAACUAUACGUCAAUAUGACAGAUUUGAAAAAGGUUUUGAACAGUUUGUUGAUAAUCAUAUGGGUCCAGAUGGGGUAUUUUUACUUCGGUUGAUUGCGCAAAAUUACGGAGAUUUAGUAGCAGGUGAUACAAUUGGUGAAUUAUGGAUGGCUUAUUGGCAAAGACGAUUAACCAGUUCUUCAGAGCGUAGACUUACCGGGAGUAUCUCAAGAAAACCACCAUCACCAGCUCCUACAUUUAAUAGGUUUGAUCAGCCUCUACCGUCAGAUAUAUACACUAAAAACCCGUCAUUGAAAAACCAACAUAAUGAAACAUAUCAAAUGCAAAUGGCUUUAACAAAGGGACAGAUUGAAAAUAAAACCUCUAAGCAAGGUAAGAAAGAUAAAUCGCGACGUAUGGCCAGUGCAUCAGGUUUUCCAGCAGCCUUACUUGCCACAGAGAUGGUACAUCCAGUAGACCGUUUCGGUGUACCUUUAAUAGCAGCUACUCGCAAGCCACCAUCUUUGCCUUCUAGGUCAUCAUCAAGGUAUAGUCAAAGAAGUCGAUCAAGAGAACGAUCCGAAUCACCUCCACCAAUACCCCAAAGGUCUCCUGGUUGCGAAAAUUACAGUUUUAGUGAUAGACAAUCGAUAAAAGACUUUGAACAUCAAAGUGAACACUCAUCUGUAAUUUACCCAGUAUCUCCUACUGGACCCGAUGAAGGAGAAUUUGUUGACCAUCAAGCUGAAGCUAUUGUAGAAAAUGAUCAUAUAGUUGAUAUUCAAGGAUCCUUCGAAUAUGAAGAUCCACAAGGAAAUAUUUACGCUGAAAAUAAUGACAAUCAAUACGCUGAAGAUGUUCAGAAUGAUGAUAAUAUUGUAUAAGUUGUAAAUUUUGAAUAUUAUGCAACAAUAUACGUUUUUUCUACUUGACCUCCGUCACCUGAGUCUUUCACGUUAAAAUAAUCUUAAAAUAACUGUACAGUAAUUUGUUUUUCACAGAUGUGUAUCCUAUGAAUGUAAAAUUUAAACUGAUUCCAUUAUUUGUUUUAUAUAAUACUAGCCUAAUACAUAGUGUCUGCUGAACAUUGUAUUGAGGCAAAAAAUUUUUAAUAAUGAUGUUUUGCAUUAGCUGUUGGCUUUUCGAGUAGCUUAUAUAUAGCUUGAAAUAUGCUUUCCUCAUUAUAGUAUAUAAGAAAGUCCAGUUCAGUUUUACAUUUGAAGGUAAAGUGUGGUGAAUUGAACAAAUCUGUCUUUUGUUAUAGUUACUUGACAUACUACUACUCAAAAGGAAACAGUCAGUGUCCUAUGAUAUCAGAAAGCAAAUAUCAACAUAAAUCUGGAUUCUGUUUGUUCUAUCUACUUGAUCAUCCGGUUGCUUUAUUAUCUUCAUAAUAAUCGCCUACAUCUAUCAAUAGAAAGUUAUUUUGAAUAAACCAUUAAGGAUACUAAACAAGAGGUUUUAACUAUGUAUUCAUGUCCUCUACCAUUGAAAUUUAUCUCUGUGAUCGAGCAGACUGAUCUAUUUUAUCUAACUUGCAAAUUAUCGGCUGUUUCAUUUGGUAAUAUGUUUAAUAGUCGGUUUAUUCUUUUCGUCUGAUUUAGAACGUGUUUGCACAUACAGUGUUCGGAUGAUAUGGGUAAUCGUCUGAAUUACACAAUUAAUUAUUAAGAGACAUUUAUUUUCUUAAAUUAUGGAUUAAUAGUAAGAAAAACACAUUGACAAUCAUCAUAAAUAGCUCAUCCGAAAUAUUGGUACUUUUGUACGGUUAUGGCAAUUUCGCAACAUUCACACAGGCACACAUGAGGAAAUAGAAAAAUGCUACAGUUAGGAAAAAUCUAGUGUUUUCACAUUUCUAACUUCGUUGUCUCAUGAUUAAUGUACCCAUCAUUCAAUACAGGAAUUUUGUUAUGAUAUGUCAUGAUAUAAAUUUUCAAUACGAGAGUAAAAUAGUUAUCUGAUUCUUAGUGGUCCAUAUAUAAUAAUAAACCCAAUAUAAAUUGAAAUGAACAUUAAAUCAAACUGUGAACUUACAACCGCAUAUUAUCUCAGCUUAUUCUGGUUAUUUAUAACAUUAUGUUCAUGCCAGUUAAGUCUUUUCUUUUUGCUCAUUUUGUUUUCAUUGGACAAAAAUGCUUCUACACAUAAUGAAGAAUUAAAAGUACCUAAUCAAUGUCUAAGACUAUAAAAUGUAAUUUUUCCUCUAUCUAUUCAUUUAAUCUAUGUACUAUAAUAAUAUGUAUAUUUCUUUAGAACACUGUCACCGUAAUCAUGAUAACUAUGAAAAAUAUUUCAUGAAUUGAUAAAUUGUCUGGAUCCUUAAAACUUGAAAGUUAAAUAAAAGAGGAAUAUUAGCAGUAUAUGCUUUUAGAUUUCAUUACGAAAGUAAUUAAUCAUAUAAAUAUCUAUCAGACCAUCCGGCUCACAGAACAAAAUUUCAUUAAAAUCCAUCAUUUCAAAUAUCUAUCAUAAUAAUAAGAUUGCGGAUUUUUGUUUUCAUAUUCCGAUAUUUAUUACUUAAAAAUAUACAUUCAAAUGAUCUGUUUACUCUUUACACACUUUAGUAAAACAAGAUGUUGAAUCUUAUUUAUAUUAAGUAUAAACAUUUGUAAUAUG